AUGUCGUUUUUGAAGUCCGCGAAGAGUAUUGUUCCUCUAAUGGACCGGGUGCUGGUGCAGCGCAUCAAGGCCGAGGCCAAGACGGCGUCCGGUCUGUACUUGCCUGAGAAGAACGUGGAGAAGUUGAACCAGGCGACAGUGCUCGCCGUGGGCCCAGGGUACACCGACGCGCAGGGCCGGCAGGUGUCGCCAUCUGUGCAGGUGGGUGACAAGGUGUUGAUCCCGCAGUUUGGCGGGUCGUCGAUCAAGCUCGGCAAAGACGACGAAGUGCUUCUGUUCCGCGACUCGGAGAUCCUGGCCAAGAUCCAGGAGUAA